AUGACUCUUGCUACUGAAUUCCACGAGCCUGUGAGGCUGGCAUUUAUUGGAGGCACUGGCCUUUACCACUUGGAAACCUUGACGCCGGUUGCCAAGCUGACCAUCUCGACUCCGUGGGGCUUCCCUUCGUCCCCAAUUACCAUCUCCAAGACCAAAGAUGGGUUCCCCAUUGCGUUUUUGGCAAGACACGGUCCUCACCACGACUUAUUGCCUUCUGAUGUUCCCAACAGGGCCAACAUUGCUGCCUUGAAAAAACUCGGUGUUAACACAAUUGUGGCUUUCAGUGCUGUCGGGUCCCUGCAGCAGCAUAUCAAGCCUCGUGAUUUUGCUGUCCCGAACCAGGUUAUUGAUAGAACUAAAGGAAUUCGUCCGUCGACCUUCUUUGAGCGUGGCUUUGUUGCUCAUGCGAUGUUUGGAGAACCUUUCGAUCCACUACUUAAUAAGGUCAUUUCCGAGUCUUGUCAAGAAGUUCUUGAAGGUGAAGGUGUAAAGUUGCACACCAAAGAAACCGAGAAAGAUGACCUGACGCUAAUCUGUAUGGAAGGUCCUGCAUUCUCGACAAGAGCUGAGUCCAAGCUGUACAGGAGCUGGGGAGGAUCUCUGAUCAACAUGUCCUGUAUUCCUGAAUCUAAGCUUGCUAGAGAAGCUGAGAUUGCCUACCAAAUGAUCUGCAUGUCAACCGACUACGACGCUUGGAAUGAAAGCGAAGAGCCUGUCACCGUGGAGACGGUUGUGGGAAAUCUGUCUGCCAACAGCGCCAAUGCUCACAGGAUUGCAGAGAAACUGGUCCAAGUGCUGGAGCCUAAGAUCAAAUCUGGCGAAAUCGGUCUCAACUACCAACACAGCAUGAAGUUCUCUGUCAGCACCAAGAAGGACGGCCAGGACAAGCGCUUGUUGGAGAAAAUGCACUACCUGUUCCCUGGAUACUGGCCUCUUCAGUAA